AUGAAUUUGGAAAAGACCAAAGAGAUCAUUUCCAACGUGGCAACUACAGAGACAGCUUCCAUCUUCGAAGAGGCCGCAGUGGUUGCUAUAGCGGCUGCUGCAGGUGCCGCUUUCGUUUUCGCCGUUGGGACAAAGACACCCUGCGUUAUCCCCAGCAAAAUCCAACCUUCCUGUGGAAUCCACGUGUCCACGCAAGUCGGGGCCCCACAGUUGUGGUCCUUUCAGGUCUCAGGUGAAGAUGUAGAGCAACAAGAUGGCAAACUGUCCCCUGAAGAAUUAAUGUUUAUGAAAGAGUUCCCCAUGAUGAAAGCGGAACUAGAAGCAGUCAUCAAAAAGCAACGUGCCAUCGCAGACGACAUUGACAAAACCCACAAAAAAUUCACCGAGACCAACCUGGUGACUGACUCCAUUGCUGUGGUCUCCGGGACCAUGAGCAUCCUGGGGCUGGCCCUCGCCCCGGUCACAGCCGGAGGAAGCCUGAUGCUUUCUGCUGCUGGACAAGGUUUGGGGGCAGUAGCUGGAGCCACCAGCCUGGUGACCAGCUUUUUGGAAUACCGUCACAAUAAACAAGCCCAAGCUCAGGUCAGCCGCGAAGUGUCUGACUCUGGCCAAAAGGUCAAGGAGGCUGUGAGCUGUAUCAUGGGGGCAGGAAGGACUGUACAUAAUGUUGGGAAAACCAUGGAGAACAUCGAGAACAACAUGCGGGCCUUGGAGUUAGUCAGAGCCUACCCGCUCCUGGCUGAGGCCGCAGAGAAUCUCCUCCUCACUGGCCAAGCCUCUGCCCGGACGACCAAGAUUGUGAAGAGAGCCUUCAGAGGCACCCCGCUGGCGAUGGGGACUAAAGCUUUAUUGAAGCGCAGCGCCUUGGCUGGCCUCUUCCUCAGCAUGGACAUGAGCAGCCUCGCGAAGGACUGGAAGCAGCUGAAGGAGGGAGCCAGGACCGAGGAGGCGGACCAGCUGAGGGCCCAGGCUGAGGAGUGGGAGAGAAAGCUGGCAGUACUCACCCAGCUCUAUGAGCACCUGCAGGAACUCAUCUUCGGAGGAAGAGGAAGCUGGCGCGACUCUGCCUCAGCCCCCAGCCAAGCAAGGGGAAGCAAGCCCCCUGGCCCCAGGUGA